GGUAAAUUCGCUAAUAUUGAUUCUGCGGAUUCCGGCAUGCAAUAUUACAGCUGAUUCUGAUACUCUCCAAUCUCCAGAAUGUAAUCAGCUAUACAGAUAACUGACGUGUACGUCUGACAAAUCAAGGUAGCACUUAGCAGACGGAUUUGUUUAAGUUAUAGAUUGGUUGAGGUGUAACGUAUUUUUCAAUUUUAUGUCGAGAGAAUAAAUAAUAUAACAAUUAAGUUUCAAUUCAUUACUGUUGAUCUUUCCAAGGCUUUAUAAGGGCGUCAGGAUAAGUUUUUACACAGAACAAGAUGGGCUUUUUUCUGGGAAGCAGAUUGAGUGUUUUCGUUAUUGUUGCUGUUGCUGGGUUUGUGGCUUAUGACAUCAACAAAUAUGGCAGUUUUAGAGCUUCAAAAACAGGAGUUUUUCUCAGAGACUGUGGAGUAUUGCGUUACGGUGAACUUGCUCUGACAAGAUUUAGGAGUUAUUCACAACAGGCUUACAGGUGGAGCCAAAAACAUGUCCCAGGCUACAUGUCUUUCAUACGAGAAAGUCUGGCUGUCUACCUAAUCAUUAUAAGAGAUGUUGUGACCCGUCUAGCCACCCAUGUUUGGGCCAACAUCAGCCAGAUCUGGCAUUACUUUGUGGACAAGAAACCAGCGGUUGUGAAGUGGCUGAACGAGUACCUUCCAGGUGUCUCUGACAGUGUCAGCAGCUGGCUGAGUCAGGGCUGGUCUCUGUUGCUGCAGUACGCCACGAUCGUGAUUCAGUGGCUCAAGGACAAUGUCUUUGUAGGCAGCUUGUCACCGGAGAACUUACAAAGACUCUCUUGGGAAGCUCUCAACACUACGCAAACUCUUGCCCGCCAAACAUUGUCUUGGAUCAACGGCAAAAUGGCACCAGUCAUUGUUGGUUCCAGCACUUAGUCACUGGCACCCCCUCCUUUACUUGUCAGUUUCUGAACCAAACCGGUCUCUCCUAAUGUUACCAUCUUUCAGUUCACUGGCACCCCCUCUUUUACCUCUCAGUUCCUGAACCAAACCAGUCUCUCCUAAUGUUACCAUGUACACAUACCUAAUGUUACCUAAUGUAAACAUCUUUCAGUUCACUGGCACCCCCUCUUUUACCUCUCAGUUCCUGAA